UUACUAUUAUUGGCAGCUUGACUACUGGAAACGUCGAGGGAUCCCUGGUCCCACGCCGACGACAUUUUUCGGUAACAUGAACUCUUUAAACACCGGAAUAAAUCCUGCAGGAUUCGUCAUUAGGAAGUGGACAAGAAAAUACGGAAAGAUAUAUGGAAUCCAAGAAGGCCUCAGAAGAACAUUAGUAGUGAGCGAUGUUAAGAUGGCCCACGAGCUUUUCAUCACAAGAUUUGAUUAUUUUCAUGGUCGAAAGGUCAGCUUUCAAUUUUAA